UGCUUUCUUAACAGCUUUGAUUAAAUAAUAGAGGUCCUGAAACUUGCAAGACUUCAAGACAUCUCCCAUGUUAGAUAUCUAACCUUUUCAGGUCUUCAUCAAUUAUAUAGAUUUCUCUUCUGACUAAUUUGUUAAGGAUACAGACUAGAGAAUGAAUGAUUUGGAGGAUGCCACUUUGAGGAUGAAUGUGUUAAGGCCCUUAGUACAUGACAGUUCAACACCGAGACAUAAUUGGAGAUCGGCAUCCUGUUGCAAAAUGUCCACUCUUUCCCCUCCAUCUCCUUUACCAGAGACGAGUUCUACCAAUGAUAUUGAUAGAGUGACUUGUAACAAGUUUGGUUUGUAUGAUGAUGCUGCAGAGCAAAGCAGAGAGAAUGAGGUCUUAGGUUGCUGCUUUUUGGAUUCACAAGGCAGGAAAAUGAAACUUCUUCGUCCACCAUUGAGAGCUCGCUCGGUCUCAAAAUGUUAUGAUAUGGAGCAGACUUCAGGAAAAACAACUUUAGAUUCCUCAAGAGUGUUGAAAUUGCACUCAAAGUGCCAUGAUAAGGAAUCCAUCUCAGCAAACGCAACGACAGAUAAUUUAGAAAAGCCAACUAUGGAUGCCAACAAUGGGAUAAAGGUGAAAACUGAUUGGAAUUCUGUUGAGGAUGUUUCUUGUAAUGAAAAAAAACAUGCCAAGGUUAGGAAUAUUUGCGGAGAGAAUGAGGUGCUGGAUGAGCCUGAGGAUCGUAUGGCACAAUGCGACAAAGAGUGUUCACAGAUUCUUCCUUAUCUGUUUUUAGGUAGUAGGACUGUGGCUCAGAAGCUUUCAACAUUGCACUACUGCAGAAUCACCCACAUUCUGAAUUGUGUGGGUUCUAUAUGCCCAGAAAGUUUUCCAAAUGAUUUUUCAUACCGGACACUGUGGUUAGAAGACAAACCAAAUGAGGAUCUCACUUGCAUUUUGUAUGAUGUUUUUGAUUAUAUAGAGGAGAUUCAAAGGCAGUCAGGUUCCAGGCUAUUUCUACAUUGUUGCCAAGGGGUUUCACGUUCUGUUGCACUUGUUAUUGCAUACUUAAUGUGGAAAGAGCAUAAAUCAUUUGAUGAUGCAUAUGCAUUUGUCAAGGCAUCUAGGCGUGUUGCAAGCCCCAAUAUUGGUUUCGUUGUCCAGCUCAUGCAAUGGCAGUCAAGAAUACAAACCCCUCUUAGUGCAAAGAUUUUUCAUAUGUAUCGAUUAGCUCCUUCCUCUUCAUACACGCCUCUACAUCUAGUACCCAAAAGUGUAAACCACCCAAGUAUCUGGGCCCUUGAUUCAAGAGGGGUCUUUAUAAUCCAGCUAGAUAACAAGCUGUAUAUAUGGAGAGGUGAGAAAUCUGAUUUAGACAUGGCUGCAGCUGCAAACCGGAGUGCUUUCCAAUUUCUGAGAUAUGAGCAUGUAAAAGGGCCACUUGUAUCCUGCAGGGAAGGAUUUGAGUCAGCAGAGCUCUGUGAAGCUCUUGGAAUCAGCGAUGCAGACUAUAUGCAAUUGAAAAGGAAACAAGGAGAAAUUUCUUUUUCAUCUGAAGUAGGAGAAAAGCUGGUUGCAGAGUAUGAUACAGAUUUUGAGUUAUUCUGGAAAGCCAAAUUUGGUGGGCUAUCAUGACUCCCGUUGAUGGAGCAGGCAUAAGAGUCUUUUUGCCAGCUAGAGCUGAAUAGUUGGGCUUAUUGACAUAUGGUGAUACCUGUGAUAAUUAAUGCCUUUGAUUUGCGUUUCAAAGGUCAUACAUCAAUUUAAUAGAAAGCGGAUCAUUUCGCUUAUCAUAAACAUGCAAGAGAGAUAAUUCAGAACUGAAUGAACACAGUAAAGUGGUUACAGUUCUUUGGUUGGAGAGCUAACCAGUGAAUUAUUUCAAAUGAAAAAAUUAAAAAAUGUGCUGAUUAUAAUUGAGGAUAACAUCCUGGUGAAAGAUUUGAUAACAUGAUGACCAAUGAUAUUCUUUGUACUUCUGCGGCAAUGGUGAAUGGAGAAAACACUUUUGAAUGUCUUAGACACUCAUAAGGUAACCCAAGUCUUGAAUUUCACUCUAAUUCUUGCAUAUGUCCAAUUAAUUAGAGAUAAUGAUUGAAAUUGCUCACAUAAAUAGCUCCAACAAAGAGCUUAUAUACAAAUAGUCUUUACUUUUC